AUGUGCGAUCAAGAACUUGCAGGUCGAAACAAACUGAGAUUGGCACGAGCCACCUUCGCAGAUACAACUGGAACAAUCGCAAUUGACCUUUGGGAAGAAAAUAUUGCAGUGAUCAAAAUUGGAACUGUCUACCGGAUUGCGCCAAUUCAGGUACGUGUUUGGAACGAAGCAAAAAAACUGUCAACCAUGCGCAGUUCAGUUGUUACACCUGUAACAGAUACAACAAUCUCUCAGCUUCAAAUUCCAGAAGAACAGUUGAAGUCCGGAAAUGAAACUGUGACAGCAACCGUAGCAAAUAUUCACACAAUUGAGAAAGUAGAAAGAUUCAUUGCAUGCUUCAACUGUGCGAAAAGAAUUCUGCAAGGAACUUCAAGUAAUGUUGUACACUGUGAUUGGUGUGGACACACAAUGAGAAUUUCUAACUGUUCACAAUAUGUAUGUGCAAAACUAGUUUUAUAUGUCAAUGAUCGACAAAUCCAUUUAACUGCGUUUCAGGAUGUGCUAAGUAAUGUAAUUAAGGGAGACUUCACUAAGUUUUCUGAGGCAGAGAUAGCAGAAAUGCUGCUACUCUUUAACAAUAUAACUGUCGUGUAUAAUGCGAACUCUCGAGUAGUAAAAGAACUGAAGGCAGUCUGUUAA